GCAGCUCUCUAAUAUAACUGGUCCCUAGACCGUGCUGAGCUAUAAAAGUUAUCAAACGUAAUUGAACUGGAACGGAACGGAAGCGAGGAUUGGAGAGAAAUGUGCCCUUUACGCUUGUUGUUGGUUAAAAUGCGAGCAGCAGCUGAAGCAGAGACACUGAAGAUCGUCUGGUACAUGACGAGACGUAGCCUUUCCUCCGCCGCACGUUUGUUCUCUUUUCAUCCUUUCUCUCCUCCCGAACGCUCCGCGAGACGCUUUAUCCCCCGAACGUUGCUGUAGAGCGGCGGCGUUGCACUUUGAUUUGAGCUUGAAGCCGCGCGCCCGCUAUCUCAAACGUCAGGCGGAGAGAAACAGGAGAGCCAGACUGGUGAGUUCAAAGUGAGGAGGAUUUACUGCGGGGCUCCUGUUUGUGUGUGUGUGCCGCAGCCCAAACAGCCUCACUUGAGUCUUUUGUCCUUACAUAACUCACGAGGACAAACACACAUGCAAUCAUGUCCCAGAGGGGAGAUCAAAUGAAAGUUGUGGCAAAUAUGAAAAAAAAAAUAUUAAACAGUGAAACAUUUUCUCUAUGUUUGCACUCACUGUAGCAUUUUUCCCACCUUGUUUCAAAGAGCCAAAUGAAAACCAUUCAGAUAUUAAAUCCAGGAUGAUUGUGACUGAGCGUAUAUCUCACUCCGGGCGCGCUUCACAGCCUCCCUCUCUCCUUCUCUCGUUCUCUGUCUAUCUCUCUCCUUCUGGAGUGCUAAUGACCACUGAUUCAGUCAGCAACAGCAACACACACACACACACACACUCACACUCACACUCCAGCGCUCAGUAUUUGGAUGAGAGACAGAGCGUUUUUUUUCCAGAGGAGGCUGUUGGUUUAUUGAUCCUCCAGCUCAGCCCCAGAGAAGGAAUGAGCGACAGGAAGAGAAAGUCAUGCUCAGGAGAAACGCUGCUGUUGGGACUUAGCUGUAUCUGACCUCGAGACCAACAGGACCAACUGUGAUGUUAUUUCUGUAGAGAAACUUUGCCCCACGCUUGUUCAGGAUGUCAAUGGAACGGAGGGCACUGUUGGAACAGAAGCAGCGGAGGAAGCGUCAAGAGCCACUCAUGGUCCAGCCCAACACGGAGGCCUGGCCCCGGCGCUCCAGGACGCGGCGCGGGGAGGAGCAGGCGCCACUGGUGGAGUUCCAACCCAGUAUCGUAAACGAUGUCAACAUGGAUGGUAUUGAUGGCCCAGCAGCCUUCAUGGGCUCAGACGUCCCUGAUCUUGGAACCAAAAUCCAGAUCCUCUCGCCGAGCCAAACCCAGAACAAGUCCCAGUCCCAGUCUGAGUCUCAGUUCCAGCUUCAAUCCCAGCCUCAGUCUCCUGCUUGUGAGGAGCCCGAGAGAGACAGAGACACUGAGACGCUGCUCGAGCCCAAGACGGAUAUCCACGAGUUACUGCAGAAACAAGGCCUCUGUGGCAGCAUGAACUUCGACGAAUCCAGCGAAAACGAGGAGGAUACGGAGGAAGAUCGGACACGUUCCCUGUCGCCUCACGCAGACUCCACCAGGCCUGAGUCUGCUGCCAGCGGCAAAGACGUUUCAGAGGUCGUAACCCCGGGAUCCCCCACACCGGACAGCUCGCUGAUCGACGUGGCCAAUCUGGAGGAGUUCGUCCUCCGUCCGGCUCCACGCGGCAUCACCGUGAAGUGUCGAAUCACCCGGGACAAGAAGGGCAUGGACCGCGGCCUGUACCCCACCUACUUCAUGCACAUGGAGCGAGAGGACGGCAAGAAGGUGUUUCUGUUGGCAGGCAGGAAGAGGAAGAAGAGUAAGACGUCCAACUACCUUAUUUCAGUGGACGCCACCGACCUGUCUCGUGAGGGAGAGAGCUUCAUCGGUAAACUGAGGUCCAACCUCAUGGGCACCAAAUUCACCGUGUACGACAACGGCACCAACCCCUGCAAGAACCCCGGGGCUCUGCUGGAGGAGAGCAACACGCGACAGGAACUGGCCGCCAUCUGCUACGAAACCAACGUACUGGGAUUCAAAGGACCACGGAAAAUGACCGUAGUCAUCCCGGGCAUGAACAUGAACUUCGAGAGGGUCCCCGUGAGACCUCAGAGUGAGCAGGAGAGCCUCCUCAGCAGGUGGCACAGCCACUCACUGGACAACCUGAUCGAGCUGCACAACAAGGCCCCGGUGUGGAACGACGACACGCAGUCCUACGUGCUCAACUUCCACGGCCGAGUCACUCAAGCCUCGGUCAAAAACUUUCAAAUAGUUCACGACAACGACCCCGACUACAUCGUGAUGCAGUUUGGCCGCGUGGCCGAGGACAUCUUCACUCUGGACUACAACUAUCCCAUGUGCGCCCUUCAAGCCUUCGCCAUCGGCCUGUCGAGCUUUGACAGCAAGUUGGCCUGCGAAUGAGCCGCCGGCUUUUUUACUCGCACGCACACACACCCCCUCUGCCGCCUGUCCUCAGAUCUCCUCUCAGGAGGUCGCCCCGGCAGCACCGCUGUCACGUGGUCGUCACCGGGAGUCACACGGAUGAAAAGAGAAAAACAGUGAUGAGACUGAAAAGACGACGUUUGUCACAGGUGUUGGUGAAUCCAACAACUCCCCUGGUUCCUGUUUUGAGUUUUUUGUUUGUUCCAUGAUCAGUUUUUACCCGUUGUGUACUGUAAGUGUGUACAAAUACACGUGUGUACAAAGUGAAAGGGAAAAACACACACGGCUCUUAUCUGUGCUGGAGACAGGAGCUCUCGUUAGACACUCAAACAUCCGACCCUGUUUGAAGACGUGUGUAUUAAUCCUGUCUUUUCUGUCGUGUCCACUCGUCUGGCACCACCUGCUGGCCAAACCUUAUAUCUGUCAGUAAUAAGUUGUUUUUCCAUCCAUCCAUCAUCUUCCUCUGUUUCGACUCUAGUUUGGUUUUAAGUAUGAUUUCAUUAUCCUUCACUUAGAGCUCAGUCUAAUCUCCUUUCUUUGUUUUCGUGUCGUCCUCCCUCUGAUUUGUUCCCGUGUGGAAAGUGCAUUAUUCAGGACUGACCUGUGUUUUUUUGAAAGUGUAAUUUUUUUAAUCCAUGUGACUGUGCUACUUUUUUCCUUUUUGUCUUAAAGAUAAUUUGUAUCAUGGUAAAAAAAAAAAAACUAAAACAAACGCAGCAUUGCACAUUUUAAGUGAAACUGUAAAUACAAGACAAUGUAAUAUCUUCUUAUUUGAUUUCUUCUUUCACGUCUUAAAAUGGUUAAUGCCAUUUCAAUGGAAAUUUGAAAUGACGGUUAAGUUAAUCGCUGAUAGAUCAUAUAUUCAUGGUUACACAAAAAAUUAUUUAACCAAGAUUUCACUUUAAAGCGACAUCUACAGUCGACUGAAGAUUAAAGUGGCGUUUUGUUGAGUUGAGAUGAAGUCGGAGGCCGUUUGUUUAAAGUCUAAAUCUGUUUCAACCCCUCUUUUGAAUUAUGAGUGGAAAUUAAAGGGACAGUUUAGUUUAUUAUUACAUUUCUGUACAUCAUACAGUUUAUGAGGCUUUACAUCAUCAUUGAACGUCACCAGUACUUUGAUUUAAAGUGCUGGUCGUCUGUGAAGGUCAAGUGGAAACAGAACUGUGUAUUACGCACAGUUACUUUUAAUUCGGUUUUCAUCUGGAUCCUUAAUCGAUGGUUUUAAAGGAAUUAAUGUUGCAGAUAUUUUAAAAAUAACUGUGCCAGCAGUUUAUAGAAAAUCGUGUUUUGUACCUAAAAAUGUUGGUUUGAAGACCGAAUCAAGAUUUAUAGAAGAUAUUUUAAAUACUUUUACAAUAAGAGACUCUAUUUGAAACUAACACACUAUCAGGUAUAUGUUUGUAUUUUAACAGAUGGAAAAUAUGACACUAAAAACUUCAUGUAAACGCAGUGAGACACGAAUGUAUCCGGUGAACUGUUUAUUUUCAUAAACGGGACAGAUGUCAAUUUGAUUCAGAACAUCUUCAAGAAGAAAAAAACUAAAGUGCUUAUUUCAAUGAACGUUUAAAUAAAAAUGUUUAAAUGACCAAAAUAAAAGACAUUUUGAAAAAGUG